AUUUUCCGGAAGUGGGCGAGGACUUAGGAUGAUAGGCCUGACGAAACAGAGGAGGUGUGCACAGCGGCAUCAUGGCGGCCUCAGUAAGACAGGACCUGUCACAGUUGAUGAACUCAAGCGGAUCCCACAAAGACCUAGCUGGAAAAUACAGACAGAUAUUGGAAAAAGCAUUACAGUUGCCGGGACUAGAACAGCUUGAAGCUCUGAAAGCGUUUGUGGAAGCAAUGGUCAAUGAGAAUGUUAGCCUGGUGAUCUCACGCCAGCUUCUGACGGACUUCUGCACACACCUUCCUACUCUGCCUGACGGCAACGCCAAGGAGAUUUAUCAUUUCACCCUGGAGAAAAUCCAGCCAAGAGUAAUAUCAUUUGAAGAGCAGGUUGCAUCAAUCAGGCAGCACUUAGCAUCUAUUUAUGAAAAAGCAGAAGAUUGGAGAAAUGCGGCACAGGUAUUAGUGGGGAUACCUCUGGAAACAGGACAAAAGCAAUAUAAUGUAGAUUAUAAACUGGAGACCUAUCUGAAAAUUGCCCGGUUGUAUCUGGAGGAUGAUGACCCAGUGCAGGCUGAAGCGUACAUAAACAGGGCAUCUCUGUUACAGAAUGAGUCGACAAAUGAACAACUGCAGAUCCACUAUAAGGUUUGCUAUGCUCGUGUACUUGAUUACAGACGAAAAUUUAUUGAAGCAGCUCAGAGGUACAAUGAACUUUCAUACAAAACCAUAGUUCAUGAAAAUGAAAGGAUGGAAGCAUUGAAGCAUGCGUUACACUGCACCAUCUUGGCUUCUGCAGGACAACAGCGGUCCCGUAUGUUGGCCACCCUGUUUAAGGAUGAACGAUGUCAGCAGCUUGCGGCUUAUGGAAUUCUGGAGAAGAUGUACUUGGACAGAAUCAUCAGAGGAAACCAACUCCAGGAAUUUGCUGCAAUGCUGAUGCCUCAUCAGAAAGCGACCACUGGAGAUGGUUCAAGUAUUUUGGACAGAGCGGUUAUAGAACACAACUUGUUAUCAGCAAGCAAACUCUACAACAACAUAACUUUUGAGGAGCUUGGAGCAUUGUUGGAGAUCCCCGCUGCAAAGAUGGCUCCUGUAGGAAAAAGAAAUCCGCAUGAUGGCUGGCAUCUGGCUGAAAAAAUAGCUUCCCAAAUGAUCACAGAGGGCCGGAUGAAUGGAUUCAUUGACCAAAUUGAUGGCAUUGUUCAUUUUGAAACGAGGGAGGCUUUACCAACAUGGGAUAAACAGAUUCAGUCAUUAUGUUUCCAAGUUAAUAACCUUUUGGAGAAGAUCACCCAAACGGCACCAGAGUGGACAGCACAAGCCAUGGAGGCUCAGAUGGCACAAUGAAGAAUAUCCGGCAGGCGUGAGGUUAUUCAUUUUCUGCUAAGUGUUGCUAAAUCUUUAUAUUUCACUAUAGAGAUAGCAACAUUUAUUUUGUAGACAUUAAGAGGGCACUUCAUCUUUGUUCAGAACUACCCACUUUUCCUGCUUAACUGAUCAGCCCUACAAUGGGACAUUGGCUGCUGUGCCUCCUCCAUACUGCAUGCUGACCAUAUAUGGGUAUUUACUAUGUGAGCAUUUUUUGUAUGAAGCAAAACCCAAAAUAAAGGUUGUCUGGUGUGGA